AUGUCUGGUUGUAUUUGGAUGGCUAUGUCUGGCUGGACUGGACUGGACCCGGAUGGCAGUGCGGAGCAGAGAGGCGAGGAGCACGAGGAGGAGGCGGAGGACGGGCCAAUGGUGCGUGAGUACGUGGCGCAGCUGCAUUCCAUGGUGCAGUACGGCAAGACGACCAUGUAUGUGGACUUCGCCACGCUCAUGGCGCACAACCAGGCGCUCGCCACAGCGGUUCUGGAGGAGUUCUACCGGUUCGAGUCGUUCCUGCGCAAGGCGGUGCAGAUGUUUGUGCAGGUGCACGAGCCCAAGUACGUGAUGGACGAGGGAAAGCCCAAGGAGUUCUACCUCGCCUUCUACAACCUCCCCGUCAUCCACAAGCUGAGAGACAUGAAGGUAGAGGUGCUUGGUCAGCUAUCCGCAGUGAGUGGUGUGGUCGUCCGAACUUCCGAGUCGGGGGAUCAGGAGAAGCAGCUGGUGAAUAUCCGGGCGGAGGACGAGGAGGGCAGUGCUGUCGCUUCGUUCACGCCUGAGGAGCGAGAGGAAAUGGCUCGCAUGCGGGCAGGAGGAAACCUGUAUGAGAGGCUGGUGGCGAGCGUGGCACCGUCGGUGUACGGGCAUGCAGACAUCAAGCGAGCCAUCCUGCUGAUGCUGUUUGGCGGGGUGCACAAGAAGACUCACGAGGGCAUCAACCUGAGAGGAGACAUCAACGUGUGUGUCGUGGGGGACCCCUCCUGUGCCAAGUCCCAGUUCCUCAAGUACGUGGCUGGGUUUUUGCCCCGUGCAGUUUAUACCUCUGGCAAGUCCAGCAGUGCAGCGGGGCUGACAGCGAGUGUGGUGAAGGAGCCAGAGACAGGGGAGUUCUGCAUUGAAGCGGGCGCGCUGAUGCUGGCGGAUAAUGGCAUCUGCUGCAUUGACGAGUUUGAUAAGAUGGAUAUCAAAGACCAGGUGGCUAUCCACGAGGCGAUGGAGCAGCAGACCAUCUCAAUCACCAAAGCGGGCAUUCAGGCCACCCUCAACGCACGCACGUCCAUUCUCGCUGCUGCCAACCCCACUGGAGGACGAUACGACCGCUCCAAACCCCUCAGGUACAACGUGGCCCUGCCACCAGCGAUUCUCUCUCGCUUCGAUCUCGUGCAUGUCAUGCUGGACACGCCAGACCCAGUGCACGACUACUCAGUGGCCCGCCACAUUCUAAGUGUGCACCAGAGCCGGGACCAAGCCUUGCAGCCGGAGUUCUCAACGCUGCAGCUGCAGAAGUACAUCAAAUUCGCGCGCUCCAUCCGACCAGAGAUUACAGAGGAGGCCAAGACACGUCUAGUCGAAGCCUACGUGUCACUGAGGAGAGGGGAUGCUGCCCCGGGGUCGCAGUCGUCGUAUCGAAUCACGGUGCGACAGCUGGAGGCUCUCGUGCGGCUGUCAGAGGCGCUGGCUCGCCUGCACUUGGACUCACAGGUGAAGCCAGCUCAUGUGCGCGAAGCCAAGAGGCUGCUGAGCACGUCCAUCAUCAGCAUUGACAGCCAUGACGUGGACCUGGAGGAUGAGGGGGCGAGUGGGGAGGGGGAGGAGGGGAUGGAAGAUAUGCCAUUCAUGAUGGGGGGGGACGAUGGGGGCGAUGGGGGAGGGGGAGGCGGAGGGGGAGGGGGAGGCAGUGGUGGGGAUGAUCGUGGUGGUGUGGGCGGAGGGGGAGGGAGAGCAGAGGCAUCAGGAGGUAGGGAAGAUAUGGAGACAGAUGGGGGGGCGAAUGGGACUACAGAAACUGAGGGAGGAGGAAUAGGAGGAGGGGGAGGGGGAUCAGAUCAGCAAACACAACCGGGAGCAGGUAAUGCAGCAAGAAAAGGCAAGGAGAAGAAACAAGGAGCAGCAGCAGCAGCGGAAGACAAAGCGACGGAAAGUGACGCAGCGGACGGGGGUGAAGACAAAGAAGCCAGCCAGAAGAAGACAAAGGCCGCCGCCCCUCUGCGCGUGCCGUACGACAAGCUGCAGCGAGUGACGGCGCUCCUGGUGACCUACAUAAGACAAAAAGAGGCGGAGGAAGCUUCCGAGGAAGCUUCACUGGCAGGGUCAGAAGCGGCCGGUACAGGCGAGGGUGGGGAGGAGGGGGAGAGGGGAAGGGAUGGAGGGGGAGAAGGAGGGGAGGAGGACGGGGGAAAGAGGAAGAGGAGGCGAGUCGGGGGGGUGCAAGGGGGUAUGGGGGGCGGGGGGGUGAAGCAAGGGGAUGUGAUGCGAUGGUAUAUGGAGCAGCAGAGCCAGGCAGGGACAGUGGACUCGGUUGGAAAUUUGCUGCAGGAGUUCAGAGUGCUUCGAUCCAUCAUCCAGCACUUGAUUCGUCGAGAGGGGGUGCUGUUGAUUCUAGACGAUGGGACUACAGCCGUGGAAGCUGCCAGGAAGGAGCGGGAGGAUGCAAUUGCUGCUGCAGAAGCAGCAGGUGAACCUCUUCCGACAUUCGACAAGCCUCUGCCCACGGCUCUGGAGGAACGGGUUCUAGCCGUGAACCCCAACUAUGUCCAAGAAUAA